UUUUCGUCAAUAACACAAAAACUUGCACCGUGAAUUAUUUUUGCAGAUACCGUAAAUAGUAAUAACAUAAUAAAAUAUCAUUUUUUGUGCAUUUCAUUCAAAAAUAGUGCAAACGAGAGGGUCUUGUACAGAAAAUUAAACAAAAUUAAAUAAAAGGAGAUUAUUUUUAGUUUUUUGAGUGAAUCCGAUGGAAUAAAAUUUUCAACAAGACAACGUCGGUAAUACCGGAAAAAAUACUACAAAAUAAUUAUAAAUAAAUAAUUGCAAAAAUUUAAAUUAAUUUAAAGUGGAAUUGAAAUUUAAAAUAAUGAAAAAUAUUCAUUGAAAAAAAAAAUAAAUUACGAAUUAUUAAAAAAAAAUAAAAGUGAAAAAAAAAAUGCAAAAUCACAAAAUUCUCGUUAUCCUACUAAACACAGUGCUGAUAACGGAGGUACUUUCACGCAGUGGAUUGAUUGUUGAAGAUGUGCCUCCGUUACCGCCAUCGCCACCCCCCAGUCCCGCCGUCUACCAACUCCAAAAAUGCCGCGACGGCUGCUUAGAACAGCAUGCAGCUGACGAAUUCACAUGCUCGGAAGGAACCGAUUGUCUUAUGAAUGGAUUUUUAACAUACAACUUCAAGACGUUUCCAGUAGCGCUGUAUCUUAUGUGUUGGAACCAAUGUGUCCCCGAAACGGAGUCCAACGACAUAAACCACAUGGUGUUCGAUGAGUGGCCCUUAACGGUCGGCUCAAUGGUACGACAUCAGUAUCUCGUGAAUACCGAGAUCACGUGGCCGAAGCAGAUCCCGCCAAUCGAUUGUCUCGUGACGUGGGAAGUGCUCGGUGGUGGCUUGAUGGGAAGUCUCGUCACCGAAACAGCAGAUGUGGAAUUGUCGUUGUGGCCCGACACAAAAUAUAACAUCCAGGUCACGUGUAAAAAUAAGGAAACAAAACAAAUGUCACGUUCGUUACUUUUGACAUUGGAUACAAAGCAUGCCAAAGACGGUGAUGAGGCGACAACACCAACGACAACAUUAAUGAGCGAACCAACAACAACAACAACAAUAUCAAAUGAAAUUCCCAUUGAACCGUUCGACGAGCAGGACAUAAAAAGUGAUGAGAUCGUAAUAAAUGACAACAGUAUACAAGCACAUCGUUUGCAUAGCGAUAAAUCACUGCACGAGUACGAGACAUCAUCUUCCUUACUAGGUAUAAGAAUAACGUUAAUUAGUAGUCAGCGAUUAGAGUAUAUCUUAGGUGUAACUAGUGCUUUUGUUAUUUUCGUCUUUGUCGUUCUCGUGAUCGUCCUGAAGCGACGCAAUAUUCGUCAAAAUGCGCAAAAUUUGGCGCGCAUGGCCUCCAAUGGCACGACGCAGCUCAUUGUCGACAAACAAUUGCUGCUCGAGCACGAGUGCAUACCGCAAGUGGAUCACUUGACGAUGACGAUCAAAACGACAGACGAUCUCAGUUUGAGACCGCCAACGAUGAACACAGGGAAUAGCGUACGGAUAAGUUACUAAUUCACUAGGAAACUGAUUAAUUUAAAAACUAGUCUCAAUAUAUAGAAAUUUAAAUUUAAAAAAAAAAGUUAAAAAUAAUUAAUGAUAUUUAUUGAAAAAAAAAAAUCAUACUCAUUAUAUGGCUUAAAAAC